AUGCCGCUUCACAGCAGCCAUGUCUUUGCAAGUCACAUCGGCCAUACUGGCAAGACAACGCUAGCGUAUCAAAUGUCCACUUUCUAUGCCAGUAAGCAUCCGGAUGCCCGAGUUCUGAUAAUGGACCUCGCAGAAGAAGGUGACCUCACAAAGCGACUACUCGGUGGAGUGGAUGCAGCCGGCCGCAAGGUCGAGUCGCUGUUUGGAGGAGUCUUUCGGCUCCUCCAGGCCGCAGAGAAGAGGCCUUCAGGGCUGACCAGCUGGCUCUGGUCCUCGACUUUUGACGUUAUGGAGCAUGCAGUCUGUCUGAAAGAGCACAACCCUGCACUCCCUGACAACCUCUACCUCAUUUCGAGUGGCGCUUGGCCGCGGACAGAGGCUCCCAUGAGCGACGAUGUGAGAAAGCAAGUUUGCGAGAGAAUACGGGACUCCCUCACCAAGUCCACAGAAACUUGGAAGUUGUUCUGCGACACGGACGGUGACCGACGACCCUCGCCAUACACGAUGUUGGCGUAUGGCCUCUGCGAUGAGGCCAUCGUGCCACUCCACCUGAACAAAGGCGAUCUGGACAGGACUGAAACCAUGCUGGGGGUCAUGCACGAGCUGAGAGAGCGAGGAGAAAUCAGGACUCAGGUUCUCUUCAUCGUUUGGAAUUUCGUCAAGGUCCUGAAGGACGAUCCUGUAGAGUACAACGGGAUGAUGCUGCCAUUCACUCCCACAAAGGUGUGCAUGGACAUCUUGGAGUCCUGCAACCGUCGGCUGUACGGCAGCGCCACGGAGCUCGCGGGGCUCUUUGUGCACGCCGGCGAGUCAGAGGCAGACUUCAUCAAGAGUUCUACAGCAGUGCUGAGGGUUCUGGCAGACAACGUGCUGAGGCCAUCUGAGGAGCUCGGUGUGCCUGUAGUGGAGAUGGUGAACAGACUCGCCGAAAGUGGCAAGAAGACCAUGAAGUUCCAGAGUGGGGAUAUUGCCUACGACACGAAGGGUGAGACCAUCUCGAAUGUCAUGGAUGGCCUGAAGCAGCUCGAAGAGAAGUUCGAGGCCAUGGCCCUUGGCUGA